UAACCAAACAAACAAUUUUCCCCCUUAAAGGGUGCCACUCACACUCUAGUUCACAAAGGUUUUUACUGACAAGAGUCACUUAAGCCGGCAACCAACAAACAGAUCAGAUUUAAACACUCAAGACAUUCACAGGGGUACACAACCAACAACAAGGCGAACUGAUCACUGGCUCACAGUCGCCUCGAAGUGCAGGAACACAAACUAUUUGUAGGCCAGCUGGUGUUGAUUGGUGAGUUCUGGUUGGCAGGUUCGGUAGGAUCCUCGGCCACACCAAUCAGACGCCAGCAAACAGCAACCAGGAAGUGGGUGGUUCCAGGUCCAGGGGAACCAAUCCUCGACAGGUGCUUGCCGUGGGGAUUUGCAUACAGCUCAGAGAAAUCCAAAACACAACUACUCUAAGGCAGCCAGCGGCGGCCGUAACAACUGAGAUGGGAGACCCUUGGGACCAAAUCUUAUCAGAUGGGUCUCCCCCUGGCAAAGUCACAGAGGCGGUGAAAGCAGCCAUCUCAGCGGGUUACCGGCACAUCGAUGGAGCAUAUGCCUACGAGAACGAGGCAGAGGUGGGAGCAGGUGUUCAUUCCAUGAUCAAGGAUGGCGUGGUCAAGAGGGAGGAUCUUUUCAUUGUUAGCAAGCUCUGGUGCAUUUUCCAUCAGAAGUCACUGGUGAGGCAAGCGUGUGAGAAGACUCUCAGUGAUCUUAAACUGGACUACCUAGACCUCUAUCUAGUGCACUGGCCUAUGGGUUUCAAGGCUGGCAAUGAGUUUUUUCCUUUGGACAGCGCAGGAGAGACAAUCAGUGAUGAUACCCACUUCCUUGAGACAUGGGAGGGGAUGGAAGAGCUGGUGGAUGCUGGUUUGGUCAAAGCUAUUGGUGUCUCCAACUUCAACAAGGACCAGAUUGAAGCCAUUCUCAACAAGCCAGGCCUUAAAUACAAGCCUGCCAACAACCAGGUGGAGUGCCAUCCAUACCUGACACAGGAGAAGCUGAUCAACUACUGCCAUUCUCAGGGCAUCUCAGUGACGGCUUACAGCCCCUUGGGCUCCCCUGACAGACCCUGGGCUACACCUGAAGACCCCUCACUGCUGGAUGAUCCUAACAUUAAAGCCAUUGCUCAGAAGCACAAGAAGACACCUGCUCAGGUCCUGAUCCGCUUCCACGUCCAGAGGAACGUGAUCGUGAUCCCCAAGUCGAUCACAGCUCAGCGCAUUCAAGAGAAUUUCCAGGUGUUUGACUUUGAACUAACCCAGGAGGAAAUGAAGACUAUAUUAGGAUUCAACAGGAACUGGAGAGUCUGUCCUAUGCAAUGGAGCACAAAGCACAAGGACUAUCCAUUCCAUGCUGAAUUCUGAAAAUGAAAAACGCAGAUUUUCCACAGGUUUACAUUGGGAGCUGGAGUUUGCUCCUCUACCCUCUUGACUGCUCGCUUUCCUGUUCUUCUGAGCAGUUUUCAAUGCUAGUGUGGCCUUGCAUCAGAUUUUUAUUUUCCUGUUACAUUUCUCAAAAGAAACAAUGACUUAUUUUAUUACCUGUUUUGUCUCCAUAAAAAACAUUGUGACCAGUUGUACACAUCCUCCAAAGAACUUUUUAAAACCAACACUCCUUAUUUGGUGAUUUUCAUGUUUCUUUACUUGAACACAAUUUUAUUUACUUUUUCGCAGUCUUUGUCAGUGUGACAUUCAGUUACUGAUAAACCAAAAUGUGUGCCACAAGCAGUACAAUACAAUUUUCUUAAAGUACCAGUUUUAAGAACAGAAUAAGCAAUUCCCAAAAGAAUUGAUGUUAGCGUUUUAUUUGUAGUUUUACAUGCUUGUGAUAUCACAUGUAAGAGGGAAAAAUACCUACAGUGUAGAUAAACUAAAUGUAUUUGUCAAAAUGAGUUUUUCACAGCACCAAUAUGAUACAUCCAGAGAUGUGUCAUAAACAAAACACUUGUCGUGUGACUUAACCCUGUUUUUUUUCAGUUUGUGACCAUGUUUAUUUUUACUGUUUGAGCAGAUGCAUUACUGCCUUAGCACUUAUCUCUGAAAGGGGAACAUAUUAUCUCGACUUGUUUUGGGACGACAAAGUCCUUCCUACCCUUUCUUAUGAGUCAUGUUACAGCACUUAAUAAUCAUGUGAAUUAACCCUGUUACCAAACAGUUGCUUUCUCUUCCCCUGCUGUUUUGCAAAGCACUGAAAAUAAAGUCCUGUGGAAGAAAA